AUGGGAGUCUCAGCUGUCCCACCAAUCGCGAUUAUCGGCGGUGGUCCAUGCGGCCUUAUGUUAGCACGUCUUCUCCAAACCGCAAGCAUCAAUUAUGUCGUUUUUGAACGCGACGCAUCUCCAACAUCAGCCCUCAGAAGCCAAGGCGGCACGCUAGACAUACACAAUGAAUCAGGCCAGGAAGCGCUUCGUCGCGCAGGCCUCCACGAGAAGUUCAAGUCGUUGGCUCGAUACGAUGCGACAACCAUGACCUUGAUGGACUUUCAAGGGAAGUUCCGGGCCUCAUUCGGAGACGAUGAUGGUGACGAUAGACCAGAGAUUGAUCGUCAACAGCUGCGACAGUUGUUACUCGGUUCUUUGCCGACAGAUCGUAUUCGCUGGGGAAAGAUAUUGGAUGUAAUUGAUAAGAAAGAAAAUGGACCAACGCGUGAUUUAACUCUCAAGUUUCGCGAUGGAUCGACAGAGAGUGGCUUUCGACUCGUUGUCGGAGCAGACGGUGCUUGGAGCAAAGUACGCUCUCUCGUCACUGAUGCCAGGCCCACCUACUCUGGUAAAUCAUUUAUUGAAGGCCGAAUAUCACCAGGCAACUCAGAGUACAAACUCGCGCAACAAAUAGCAGGCAAAGGAACAGCCAUGGCGAUGAGUGCCAAAUCCACCCUCGCAGUGCAACAACUAUCUGACGCAUCUUACCGGAUGUAUAUGGGCGUAGUGGCGCCCGAAUCCUUGACGCGCCCCGGUGGUGAUGCUGACCCAAACGAUAUGGCGAAAGCGCGAAGAACAAUGCUUGGACCUGGAGGCUUUUACGAGACUUGGACACAGGACUUGAGACGUUUGAUCGAGGCUUCUGAGGGGCCGUGGCGACCCUGGCCACUUUAUCGUCUCGACAAGACCCUCUUCUCUUUGAGUGAUGGAGAUGUGUAUGAUGGCCGACCUAGAUGGAAACGUGUUCCCGGCGUUGUUCUCCUCGGCGACGCUGCGCAUCUCGCUACUCCAAAUGGUGAAGGCGUGAACCAAGCCAUGUAUGACGCGCUCGUACUCUUCGACCAAAUUAUUGCGGAAACUGGGGCUCCUGGGGAUAGCUACGAUCAGAAAGCUGAUGCAGAAGCUCUAGAGCGGGCAAUUGUUGCUUACGAGAAGGAGAUGCGACCUAGAGCUUACGAACAUAUACAGAGCAGUAUCGACAUGGAAGACAUGAUGUAUGCUAAUGAUGGGGCUCAGCGUAUGAUAGAAGCUUUUAAGUGUGCUCACGGCGAGAGUUAG